CCCCUGCCAUUGGGCUGAGGGGGGAGGGGCAGGGAGAGGGGGAGCCCCUGCCAUUGGGCUGAGGGGGGAGGGGCAGGGAGAGGGGGAGCCCCUGCCAUUGGGCUGAGGGGGGAGGGGCAGGGAGAGGGGGAGCCCCUGCCAUUGGGCUGAGUGGGGAGAGGGGGAGCCCCUGCCAUUGGGCUGAGGGGGAGCCCUUGCCAUUGGGCUGAGAGGGGGAGGGUUCAGGAGGUUGAGUCUAGUGGGGAAAAGACAUGGGUGAUGGAGUAAAUACAGCAUUUUUUUGGGGAGGGGACUGGAAAUCUCUUACAGCUCAGAUAUACAUCCUGAGUUAGCAUCCGCUUUAACUUUUAAAAACACGUGAGGUGGAAUUUACAGUGAGCUGCCAGCAGACAUCAGUGGGGAAGCUUGAGGGGUCUCUAACUACUGCCCCAUCAAAAUCAGGCCGGGGUCCUUUAGAGUGGUUGCUCGCUGUAUGAGAUCGCCUCCUGGAGGUGGCAUCCUUACCUAAGACUUUUACUGAUACCUGUUGGGUAUCUGAUUGCGGGAAAGUGGCGGCAGUGUGAGGAAACGGGCAACAUGUCUUGGCAAGUUGGGAGCUGCCCUCAGCUCUCAGAAUGAACUUUCAGGCCAGGCUUUUUGCCCGCUGUGGGGUCAGGUUGUUGUCUCAGUCCUGGAGUCUCUUCUCCCAGGCUGCAGAGGAUAUGACAUUCGGAAAGAUUCAGAAGGUCCUCUGUGUAGCAGAGAAAAAUGAUGCUGCCAGAGGAAUUGCAGAUAUUCUCUCCAAUAGCAGAAUGAGGCGGAGAGAAGGGUUUUCCAAAUUCAACAAGAUCUAUGAAUAUGACUAUCAUAUGUUUGGCCAGAAUGUUACUGUGGCGAUGACCUCUGUUUCGGGACAUUUGCUGGCUCAUGACUUUAAGAUGCCAUUUCGCAAAUGGCAUAGCUGCAACCCACUUGUACUCUUUGAAGCUGAAAUUGAGAAAUACUGCCCUGAAAACUUUGUGGAUAUUAAGAAAACCCUAGAACGAGAAGCCCGGCAGUGCCAGGCUCUGGUGAUCUGGACCGACUGCGAUCGAGAAGGAGAGAACAUUGGUUUUGAGAUAAUCCAUGUUUGCAAAGCUGUGAAGCCAAGACUUCAGGUGUUCCGAGCCCGCUUUUCCGAGAUCACUCCUCGUGCCAUAAGAGGAGCCUGCGAGAAUCUUGUCCAACCUGAUCAGAACAUUAGCGAUGCUGUGGAUGUCAGACAGGAGCUGGACCUUAGGAUAGGUGCUGCAUUCACCAGAUUCCAGACCCUAAGGCUCCAGAAGCUCUUUCCCGACGUUUUAGCCGAGCAGUUGAUCAGCUAUGGUAGCUGUCAGUUCCCAACUCUGGGAUUUGUGGUAGAAAGAUUUAAAGCCAUCCAGGCCUUUGUUCCCGAAGCCUUCUAUAAAAUUAAAGUGACCCAUGAACAUGAGGACGGCAUGGUAGACUUCAACUGGAAGAGGAACCGACUCUUUAACCACACAGCAUGCCUUGUCCUCUACCACAUGUGUAUGGAGGAUCCAGUGGCCACUGUUAUCGAGAUUGGGAGCAAACCGAAGAGCAAAUGGAGGCCCCUGGCACUAGACACUGUGGAACUUGAGAAGCUGGCUUCCCGCAAGCUAAAAAUAAAUGCCAAAGAAACUAUGAAAAUAGCAGAAAAGCUCUACACUCAAGGGUACAUAAGCUAUCCCCGAACUGAGACCAACAUUUUCCCCAAAGACCUAAACCUCACCUCUUUGGUACAACAGCAGACCCAAGACCCCAACUGGGGAGCCUUUGCACAGGGGAUUCUAGACCGGGGUGGGCCAACCCCUCGGAAUGGGACCAAAUCCGAUCAGGCUCACCCUCCCAUUCACCCCACUAAACAUACAUGUAACCUGCAGGGGAAUGAACAGCGACUAUAUGAGUUCAUUGUGCGUCACUUUUUGGCUUGCUGCUCCCAGGAUGCUAAGGGACAAGAAACAACUGUGGUGAUUGACAUUGCUAAUGAGCGAUUUGUUGCUCAUGGGCUAAUGAUCCUGGCCAGAAACUAUCUGGAUGUCUAUCCUUAUGAGAGGUGGAGUGACAAGGUUCUCCCAGUGUAUCAGAGGGGGUCUCGCUUUCAGCCCACCACAGUGGAGAUGGUGGAUGGGGAGACCAGCCCACCCCAACUCCUCACGGAAGCUGAUCUCAUAUCACUCAUGGAGAAACAUGGCAUUGGGACUGAUGCCACUCACGCCGAGCACAUCGAGACCAUCAAGUCACGGAUGUACGUGGGGCUUACUCCAGAUCAGAGGUUCCUUCCGGGGCACUUGGGCAUGGGGCUGGUAGAAGGCUACGAUUCCAUGGGCUACGAGAUGUCAAAACCUGACCUUCGAGCUGAGCUGGAGGCUGAUCUGAAGCUGAUUUGUGAGGGGAAAAAGGACAAAUUUGUAGUGCUGAGGCAGCAGAUUGAGAAGUACCAGAAAGUCUUCACUGAAGCCGUGGCCAAAGCCAACAAGUUGGAUCAAGCUUUGUCUCAGUAUUUUGGAGAAGUAACGGCACUUGCGCAGCAAGAGGAGAUCUAUCCAGCAAUGCCCGUUUCCAUUCGGAAAUGUCCACAGUGCAACAGUGACAUGGUCCUGAAGAGCAAGAAGAAUGGCGGCUUUUAUCUGGGCUGCAUGAACUAUCCUAACUGUAAAGCAGCUGUGUGGUUUCCUGAAUCUGUGCUGGAAGUCAGCAAGGAUGACAGUGUUUGCGCUGUGUGUAAACCCCAUCCGGUUCAUAGGCUGAAAUUUAAGUUCAAGCGAGGUAGUGUCCCACCCCUGCUGCCACUGGAAUUUGUUGGCUGUAUUGGAGGUUGCGAUGAGAUGUUGAGAGAGAUCUUGGACCUGAAAUAUUUACAAGGACCAUCCAGACCGGUACAGUCAGUCAACCCGCCAGCUAACUACCUACAAGUCAACCAGUCCCUUAACCGCAUGGCCAGUUAUGAGAAUGGUCACGUGAGGCCUACCACAAACCCUGGUGUAGCAAGGGCACCCAGAGCUGCUAGUCAUCCAGCUCCUGCUGCUGCUGAGAACAAUGCAGUGGUGUGCAACUGUAGGGAGGAGGCAGCAUUGCUCACGGUGCGUAAAGAAGGGCCAAACCAGGGCAGGCAGUUCUAUAAAUGCAGUGCCGGCAGCUGCAACUUCUUCCUCUGGGCCGAUCAACAAUCAGAUGAUGGAAACAGCGUAACCCACAGGAGCUUUGCUGCACCCCCUGAUUCCUUGGGUGAGAGGCCUCCAGGAAGUUUCGGGAGCCUUGGAGGAGGAAGAGGUCUGGGCCGCUAUGGAAGCAACGAUUUUGACUCGGGAGGAGGGGGCGGUGGCACGAUGUGUAAGUGCAAUCAGCCGGCCAUCACACGCACCGUUCAAAAGGAGGGACCCAAUAAAGGGCGUCAGUUCCACACGUGCCCAAAGCCGAGAGAGCAGCAGUGCGGCUUCUUCCAGUGGGUGGAUGAAAACGUGGCCCCAGGAACUGCUAGAGCCUUCUCUUCAAACCAAUUCAGGAGCGAAGGGCACUUAAGAGGGUCAGGAAGCAAAGCUAAAAGACCAAGUAAUCUCUCUUCUGAAAAAGGACCUACUCCCAAGAGACAACGGACGUGUGGCAUUUGCCACCAGCUUGGUCACACCAGGAAGACAUGUCCUCAGGACCACUGAGGAAGGACAGUAUAUGGGAUGCUCUUGAAGGAAACGCUGAAAAAGCCAGUCCUGAACUGCUCCAGGAGUGGCUGGCUGUAGAGAUGCAGUGGAUUUUAAAAGCAGAAUGUCUCUGGGGCUUGUGUUCAAACCACUUCCUGGAAAUGCUGGCUAAAGCAGGUCUGCCCUUGGUGGUGACCAGCACCCUCAACUAUUCCUUGGGAAGUUUAAUUCUGACUUAUUCAGACACUGGGCUAUCUUCUAAAGGAGGCUCAACUACUGCUGCCAUUCCUUGGUUUAGUAUUGUGUGAGCUAUUUUGUAAACACAGGCAGCGUGUUUAGAAACCCAAAAGACUAGGUCCCUUCUCAGAUAAAGCUUUGGACAAAAAUACAGCUGGUUGUUGGAGUGAGAGGCUUUUCGCAGAGCUGCAAACCCCAAAUCUCUCCACAGCUGCUAUUCUCCAAGGCCCUUAUGUCUAGGAAAUAGUGGGGGGCUAAAAAGAGUAACACUAAAGGAAUUGAGGAAAUCUGGAGCAGCUGCUGUGGUUUGUUUGCAGACCAGCAUCAUCCCCAACUGCUCUCUGUCCAGGAAAACAUCUCUGUUGAUGGUUGUGAAACAGUUUUUCUGGCUUUUCACAGGGUGGGAUUUGAUAUUUUAAGUUACCCUUCCAGCUUAGGGUUAGUCAGUCAGUAUUCCCUUACAUCCCUGACUCUUGCUUCCAAAAGAGAAUUAACAGCAGAGAAAGUAAAGCCUCAAUCCCUUGCCCUGGAGAGAGAGCUUAGUGCAAGUGCUCAAACCUGAGAACCUUCACUUAGGCUGAUAUUGAAUUUAGAAUCCAGCUACUCCUUGGCCACUGUGAGCAAGGGAACUUAAUGAAGCUGCUAGCUAAUGCAAGUUAUUUUGGUCAGAUUGGUGUGCCUUUUAAUAAAAAGGAGAACUCUUUAUUUUA